GCUGCAGGUUAGCUUUUUGUUUGCUCUGUUCACAGACAGAGAGACGGUUGAAAAGAUGUACGAUCAAGGUUUUCCAGAGUCAAAAGCUGACAUUUUGUCUGAAGAGAACAAACCAGAAAAAACAGUUCUCAGCUCACUCAGAUCAGCUUUGGAAACCAGUCUUCUGAACCCUGCUAUGAUGCAGCUGUUGGUGAGUAAAGAAGAAAAGUUAAUUACACACAUUAAGGAAGAACAAGAGGAACUCGGGACAAAUCAGGAGGGACGGCAACUUCAGCAACUGGAGGACUCUGAUGUCACAAAGUUACCAUACACUGCUGUCCCUUUGAAAAGUGAAAAUGAAGAAAAACCGCUGUUAUUACAGGAUCAUCAAAGUGAAACUAAAGAGAACACAGAGGCAGAAUCUCUACCCAGCAGCUCAACUGCACACAAAAAACAAACUGCACAAGCUGAUGGAGAGAACUAUGAUGGACCACAGCCAGGCAGUGACUUGAGUUCAUAUAGUUGCUUACAACCUGAUGCUACUGUUUGCAGUCCAGAUAGUUCUAAAAUUGAGACUGACAAUAAUUGUGAGGGGAAGCACUUUAGGGAACUUUGUUCAGGAUUUAACCACAUGCCAAACAGUGAUGCCACUGUUUGUGAGAGCAGUUGUAAUAUUGCUAAGAAUCAGUUUAAUUGUUCUAAAUGUGGAGAAGCAUUUGAUCACAUGAUCUUUUCAAAGCAUCGCAAGAAAAGUCAAGGUAGUGUGAAACUCUUGAACUGUCCUAACUGUGGUAAAAGUUGCACAGAAAAGGCCAAUCUGGACAAAGGCGUGACAAGUCAAAGAGAAGAGAAAAUGUUUGGCUGCUCUGAAUGUGGUAAGCAGUUUCUCUAUAAAAGUGUUCGGGACACACACUCGAGAAUUCAUACAGGGGAAAAACCAUUUGCCUGUUCUGAGUGUGGUAAAAGAUUUAGAUUUAAAGGUGAUCUAAAUACACACAAGAGAAUUCAUACAGGGGAAAAACCAUUUGCUUGUUCUGAGUGUGGUAAAAGAUUUCAAUAUAAAAAUGUUCUGGAAGCACACAAAAGAAUUCAUACAGGAGAAAAACCAUUUGCCUGUUUUGAGUGCAGUAAAAGAUUUCAAUAUAAAAGCGUUCUGGACGCACACAAAAGAAUUCAUACAGAGGAAAAACCAUUUGCCUGUUCUGAGUGUGGUAAAAGAUGUCGACAUAAAGGCGAUCUGACCACACACAUGAGAAUUCAUACUGGUUUUGAGCCAUUUGGCUGUUGUGAGUGUGGUAAAAGAUUUAGACAUAAAUGUAAUCUGAACAAGCACAUGACAGUUCAUACGGGCGAGAAACCAUUUAGCUGUUCGGAGUGUGAUAAAAGAUAUCGAUAUAAAUGUAAUUUGAAUACGCACAUGACAAGUCAUGCAGGGGAGAAACCAUUUGGCUGUUUAGAGUGUGAGAAAAGAUUUCGACGUAAAAGUGAUCUGAACAAACACGUGAGAAUUCAUGCACAAGUUCAAGCCAUUUAGCAGCGUUGUGUGUAAGAGAUAAAAUUUUAUCCAAUACUUGAGAAUUCAUGCAGCAAAGAAACCAUGUAGCUCUUUGACUUCCAGAUACUGCUGACAUCAGUGCUCACCUUGAUCUACAGUGCCCUCCAAAAGUAUUGGAACACUUGGUAUUUCACACAUUUUAAUUUAU